CUUUCCUUUCCACCAACUCGCCCGCCCGACACCACCCCAGGGCGCCCUCCUCAACACCAUGCAUAAGAUAUCCAACUUCACGGGCUCGGCCCGUCACGGAUGGGAAAAGAUGACACCCUCGGCCGGCUUCUCGUUCUCGAGGUCCAGCCACGAGAUGCCCGUCACAGCUCCCAUCAAGCGUCCGUCGACGGCAACCGCUGCCCCGCCCGUGAUCCCGCCCGGCACCCAGGUCAAUCUGUCCUUCAACGUCCCCUUCUCGUCGAAUCUCGCCGGCCCGGAUGUUGACGACAUCAUGUACGCCAGCCCGGGGGCAAAGGCCCGGUGGGCCCAUCCGGAAGGCACGGCUGAGGGCACGCCCGCCCACAAGCUGCCCGUACACGUCCAGAAUGUCGAGAACCUGCGUGUUCUGUGCCGAGAAGUCAGCGAGCAGACCGACGGCCGCGUUGCCGCGACCGUGGUGUCGGCCGAGUCCAAGCCGCUGCCCGGCCUGCAGCGGGGUCCUCUGCGGGCCCUGGUCACCAACGUCUGCCUGUCCGGCGAGCUGGAGGUUGUGAACCAGAUGCGGUGCAAGAUCCUCAACUCGACGCCCAUCUCACUGCGGUCAUCGUUCGUCGACAUCGACUCAGACCUCAUCAUCGAUCAGGCUACGCAGCACAUCCGGGCGCCGAUUCUCCAGCAGUUUGACCUCAUCGCUAAGACCACGAAAGCUGACCUCUUCGUGCUGAUGCCGAAGCAGCCCGACAUUGAGUCCGCGAGCUUCAACGGAAAUCUCGAGACGGGCACUGACUCGCGGCUCCGCUGUGCCAUCUACGGAGACAUGGAGACAAUGGAGCAUGCGAAGACGCGUGUGCUCAUCAUGAUUGACCAGAUUCUCAAGCGAUACGUGGACACGAUGAAGCUCGAGCUUACCAUGCAUACGUUGAUUUGUGGACGUGGACGCAAAAACAUCAAAUUAAUUGAGUCAGCUACAGGGACUGCCAUCUACUUCCCGCCGCCCUUCCCGCGUCUAUUUGGCUACACUCCGCCAGGCGCUACGCGGAGACCCGAUGAUCUGAUUUACAUCACGGGAGAGAGCUCAGAAUGCAUUCUGCGGGCGAAGCAGCGGCUUCACGAUUUGGUCAUGUCGACCAAGGUCUUCGUCAAGCCCGUCAUGGUGACGGACACGAAGCUCGAUGCCAUCCUGCUCGAACGCCUGGACAAGGUCCGCAAGAUCAUUGAGAACAACGGUUCCUACAUCCUGCUGCCUCCGCUUGGGAUGCAGCGUGGCGUUGUCCGAGUACAGGGCACGGACGUCUUACAUGUCGAGCGGACCGUGCGCGAGUUGAUGGCUCUCGCUGGUCAAUUUUACAGCGCCUCGUGGUUCAUCACCCAUCCUGAUCCUCAGCAGCGCCCGCCCACUUCAAUUGACAUUCGAGCCAUGCUUUCGGAUAUCUGCAUUAACUCCGGCGCAGAGAUCAGCUUCGAGAAGCUCAACUUCCACAUAUACGGGUCGGAUGACGCCGUCAAAGCCGCGAUGAUGGUCAUCAACAAUAUACCGUUCGUGAAGAAAUCCCAGUACAACAUGAGCGUCAAGAUCGAGCUCGCCAACGAACACAAAGAGUUCGUCAGCGGUAAGAAGAACGGCAAGAUCAACAAGAUCAUGAGCCACAGCAGUGUGCAGAUUGUCUUCGACGGCUUCAACGAGUAUAACUUCUACAUUGUCGUCCGCGGCGCCCAGUAUGAAGCCACCAAGAGCGGCCUUGACCUCGUCGAGCAAGAGAUGCCUGCCGCUAUCUCAUUCCAUGUCCCUGAUCAAUAUCAUAAGCGCAUCAUCGGCAUUGGCGGCCAACACAUCCAGCGCAUCAUGAAGAAGUACUCCGUCUUUGUCAAGUUCUCCAAUGCGAUGGACCGCGGCGGUUUUGGCAAGGAAGAAGAUGACAUUAAGGUCGAUAAUGUCAUCUGCCGCACACCUGCGCGCAACGCCCAGAACUUGGAUCUCGUCAAGCAGGAGAUCAUGGACAUGGUCGAGAAAGCCGAUGCUGAGUUUGUCUCCGAGACAAUUAACAUCAACCGCCUGUACCACCGCGAGCUUCUUGCUCGCUUGGAUAAGAUUGAGGAGCUGGAGAAGAAGUUCAACUGCAAGAUUACCUUCCCAAGCACCGAAGAAGCGAGUGAUAUCGUCACUGUCUCUGGCCCUGAGUACCAGGUGCCUUUGGCAGUCGAUGAAUUCUUGGGUAUGGUUCCAGAAGCCCACGAUCUUGCAUUCCCUGUCUCUGCUGAGCUUGGCGAACACAUGCGUUCUCCUGAAUUUAAGACUGACAUCCUGGACAAGCUCAGGGAUCAGUAUGUUGUCGAAGCGCAUUUGAAGGAGCCGCAGACAGAGACAGUCGAUGGUAAGGAGACGCAGAUUGAAACUAUCCAUCUCAGCUUCACGAGGAACAACGCUGGCGGUCUGAAAGACGCCUUGGAUUUCUUGAUCAACCAUCUGGUCAUGCAUGGUUUGGAUACCAGCACCAUUCGCGGCGCCCUUCCCCGCCCCAAGUCUGAUUCCUUCGAAGACUCUCUACCGUUCUUCGAGUCUAAGCUCCUUCAACGAGCUGAGCCACCCGUCGACAGCACCGACUCCCCGACGCGCUCACACUUCGGCGAUGAUGAACGCCCCGGAAUGCUCGAUCGGCUCCGUAAGCCAGGAAGCAUGUCUUCCUUCACAUCCCUCUUUAAUGGAAGGAGGAAUGGCACAAACUCCCCAGGAUCUCUCUUCAAGCAUGCCUCUAGCAAUGCUUCGAAAGCAUCCCUUGCCAGCUUGGAGUCCCAGGGAAGCGGCUACCGCAACCCUUGGAACGACAGCGGCAUCAACCUCGCGGACGACGAGCACCACAACAACGGUUGGCCCAUGCCGACCCCGCGAUUUGAAAGCAAGUUUCCUUUUGGUUCUACUUCAGCGGCGCCUGGAGAUGUCACUCCCAGGUAUGACCCGCGGGCUUCCGUUGACAGCGGUCGUCCCUCCACUUCCCAUUCUGCAUCUGGAUACCCGGCCCCUAUUGGGCCUCCUCGUUAAACACUGUUUCCGACUUACACCGGCUUUAUGACGAACAAAUACCCCGGCUCCGGUUUACCUAUGCGACGAUAUCGACCAAAAGAAUUAUACCCCAUAUGGCGAAUUACAAAAGCCUUCGGUUGGUUGCUUUGCGUUUACUGUAUCUCUCUGUUCUCUUGUUUCGGUCUCGGUUAUUGGUUUCUGACUUGCUUUGGCGUUUUCGGACGCGAGAUGAUUCCCCCGGCGCAAAAAGAAUAUACCAAUUUGCUGCUUUGUGGAUUUGCGCGCUUGUUUUGAAUUAGUGGGCGUUGGACGCGGUGUGCAAGACGAUACCCCGGAUCCGUGGUGAGACGGAUUUUGGCGGCCUCUGGAUGUGAUGGAUGGUGUAUGGCAAUGAAAACCCGGGCAACGAGGUGUAAGGCUGGCUAGGUUGUCUCUCCUCUCCUAUCUCACUGGUGAUGACUAUCAUCAUCACGACGAGAUGAAACGCACGAACGACC